AUGCAGCGAUGGCGGCACACGAGCCUCCCGCUCCUGCGAUGCACACGCCCACGUCUUCUCGGACUACGGAUGACAGAAUAUCAGUCGCAAAUAGAUUCCACGCUGCGCCGUCUGUCGAUCAAUGGACGAAAUGAUAAUCCGCAAUCAAAGGUGCAGGAUGUGUCGCCAUUGCUGCAAAUAGAACACGCCAGAAUUUCUCACACAAGUGGCCAAACGCCAGAACACGUUGGAGACAGUCUACGGCUGUCCAGAAAGUCGCUCCCUAACCUGUUUUCACAUAGUCGAAAGGCAGCUUUUCCAGAGAGGCGGCGGCUGUACCGGCGGCACCAGUCACUACGGAAUGCUCGACUGCUCGAGGGCUUAGGCCCCUCAAAAGAUCGUCUUAAACGUGGCUUUGGGUUACCGCGAGUAUUUCUCACCAAACCGACGGGUCUUCCCCAGUUCAAGUCAAGGAGACAAUUCAAGGCGGCGAGAAGGCUAUAUGUCAUUUCUCACUACGAAAAUACUCAGAUUGUGCGCCGGAUACGCCCCAUCAAAUGUUCGUUGCGAGCCCGUCGCGCCAGGCUGGCUUUUAUCUUGUGGAAAAGGGCAGUCGACCAGGCAAAAGUUUGGAUAUACCGCCUUGACCUGCCUGCAAGCCCCAAGCCACCCAAGAUAAUAGGCCACUUGUCGCUUCAGAAAACCAUACCAGAGAUCCGGGAAGAGUGGAAUCGGUACGUCGCUGGCAAGAGGAUCACAAGUCGAAAACUGGGAGUGAUACUGCUUUGUACGCUCAAAACUUGCCCUGACCUCAUGCCUCGACUGAUGGAGGCUAUAUUUCCAUCCACUCGCUCGCGGCUCCCUCACUAUAUGAUUGAAGACAUAUUGUGUAUGGCAAUCCUGCGUUGGCACAAGAUUGUUAAUGGCAAGAUGCAGAAUUCGACGGGGCUUGAGCAACUGACGGCGAUUUUCCGUUGUCUUCGGGCUCUGCUACGCGGUCGUCCAGUAGGCCACAUACACAUGCGAUACGAUGCUACGACAAUUCUCUUUCAAAACCUCGCCUACAACGACCUCAUCCCGCUCUACAACAUUUGUAACAAGAAGCGAUAUUUACACGCCACCCAGAGCUUUUUGCAUCUGGCCGAUCGCUUCGCGAAAAUGAAAACAAUAGAAGACAAGAACCGAGCGAUUGACAUCUUGGGGAAUUUGGUCGGCGAUAAGCGACGAACGUUCAACAUCAACAGUCCCGCUAGCGCGAGCAUCUGCACCUCGAUCCUGAAAACCGAUUGGCCCACAAAGGAUACCAAGCCUAUUCAGCUCGCUCAGCGCCUGCUGGCGCUGGGCCUACAGCCCAACACCUUCAUAUACGGUACUCUCGUUACGUUGAUGUGGAGAAGUGGCGAGCUCCCAACAGCAUGGGCGAUUUAUGACCAAAUGGCGCAGCUGGUGGAAAUCAAGGACUGUUCCGUUUAUAACACCUUGAUGAUUGGGUCUCUCUGGGCAGGUGAUAUUAUGUCUCUUGGCCGGGCAUUUUCGUUGGCAAUCCAACGUUCACUGCUUGAAGCUAGCGACUGGGGUACUUUUCUCACUGUUCUUUGGGCGUGGCCAACGCCAGAUCAUGCAUAUCCAGACAAAAUCGGUAUCGACCGCUCGGCCAAAUUUCGGCUCAUGCUCGAGGUGUACUCUCGUGUUUUUUACCUCGAGCCCCUCAAGUACCUCAUAGAAAGCCCGGAAAAGGAGGAUUGGGAAACAUCAACGAGUCUGGUGGACAGCAUGCUUUCUCAAGGCGUUGAUCACCUGGGUUCGGACUUUGUCCCGAUCAUUAGAGAUAUACCAAGCCCAUACCGACCAGACGGGCUCAUGAAGCCGACGAACCAUGUUCUAAAGAUAAUGACGUCCGCAUAUGUUAGGGGGUUGAGUGCGCCCUUGAAAGUGCUGGAGUUUUACAUACGCUUUGACAAACUGCUCAAGGACGGCGACCAGCUUGCCACAGGUCUCACACGCAAAAGUACUACCAUUCACAACUCCAUCGUCAAGGCUCUGAGCUCAUUCGACAUGUCUCGGCCCGUCGCCUACGAAGUUCUGAGGGAUAUGCUCGAGGCCCACGGCACCACUGCUUCAGCGCAGCGGAAUCGUUCGCUGAUUAAGGGGAAUCAUAAAAAUGGCUAUGCGGCUCACCAGCAUGAGCGGCCAACAAGUUGCUUACCACGCCCCAAUCGGGAGACUUUCAAUAUGCUUAUCAAUGCGCUCAUGUUCGACGGGCAGAUCGAAGAAGCGGAGAACAUGUUGCAGAUGAUGCGCGAUCAAGGCAUUUCCCUAGAUAUCGUCACGUGGAACACACUCGUUCGGGGCUAUGCGCGGAUGCAGGAUGUUGAUGGAACAGUCAGGUCCCUGCAGCGGAUGGAGCAGGAAGGGUUCCAAAGCAACGACCGGACUAUAUCGGCCUUCAACCGGCUGAGCGUCGCCAACCGGAAACUGGCGCUGUCCAAGAUGGAGCUGGUGAUUGAGGAAAACCGGAAGACCCAGAUCUCUGGCGACUACAGCACCACCGUCAGCAGUAAUGGGGAGGUAGAGGCCUCUGAAGAGGUAGUGGAUGAACUACAACGGGAGAUUGAACAUAUCUCCAGCGUCGAAGCAAAACGAGGCUCCAUUGGCAAUGAGAGGCUCCGACGGGGCUGGCUCACGGGUAUUGGAAACAAUGCGACCCCGAUUGGUCAAUGUAGUAACGGCUUUGGCGACCGAUCCACACCAAAUUCAUUCAGCACACGAGCGGGCUUGGACAACGAUGUUACUUGUCCGAGAACCGAAAAAGUAAUCGGCUGGGCCACCUUGGCAGUCAAAUUUUCAUCAAGCUCCAGCUCCGAAUUUCAUUAG